GAGAGAGUGAGGGCUUCUCGUGAACCACGUCCAUCGGAGGAAUUCACCCUUCGAAUCGAAUCCGAUAAAAAGGAAAAAUAAAAAAAAUAAAAAGUAAAAACGACAAUCAGUUCGCUCCGUAUAAUUUUCUCUCUAUUCUCUUCUGUUCGCAUCGGAAAAAGAAAAAAUAAGAGAAAAAAGAAAUAAAGAAAAGAAAAAGAAUACUUAUCGUCACCUUCACUCGCUUCUUCCAUUGGCCUUGGUAUAACUGAGCUCGAAAGAGAGAGAGAUAGCGAUAAAGAUGGUGAGGAUAAUACCUAUGGCUUCUUCAAUCAGACCUUCUCUCUCUUCCUUAAGAUUCUCUGGUGCUUCUUCUCGCUUCGGCGUUUCUCUUUCUUCCGUUAACCCUUGUCGGAGGCUCUCUUUUCUUCAUCUCGGCAGUGCUGUUCCACAGUCACAUGUAUUUGGUCUCAAGGCUUCUAUGCCGCUGAGAGGAGAAUGCAACAGCUUGGCCGUGGCCGCCGCUGGUAAUGUGGCUCAAGCAAGCACUGCUGCUGCCCCAGAAGAUGUCCUAGAGUGGGUUAAAAGGGACAAAAGGCGCUUGCUUCAUGUUGUUUACCGCGUUGGGGAUUUGGACAGGACCAUUAAAUUCUACACAGAGUGUUUGGGGAUGAAAUUACUGAGGAAACGUGACAUACCGGAGGAAAGAUACACAAAUGCUUUUCUUGGAUACGGGCCGGAAGAUUCACACUUCGUUAUUGAACUCACUUACAAUUAUGGGGUUGACAAGUAUGAUAUUGGAUCUGGGUUUGGUCAUUUUGGUGUGGCAGUUGAGGAUGUUGCCAAGACUGUGGAACUUAUAAAAGCUAAGGGAGGCAAAGUAACCCGAGAACCUGGUCCAGUCAAAGGUGGAAGUACUGUUAUUGCAUUUGUGGAAGAUCCUGAUGGCUACAAGUUUGAACUUUUGGAAAGAGGGCCUACACCUGAACCCUUUUGUCAAGUAAUGCUUCGUGUUGGAGAUCUUGAUCGUUCCAUAAACUUUUAUGAGAAGGCUUUUGGCAUGGAGCUCCUACGGAAAAGAGACAAUCCCGAGUACAAGUAUACAAUAGCAAUGCUAGGCUAUGGCCCUGAAGACAAAAAUGCUGUGCUGGAGUUGACAUACAACUAUGGUGUUACCGAUUAUGAUAAAGGAAAUGCUUAUGCUCAGAUAGCAAUAGGCACGGAUGACGUCUAUAAAACUGCAGAAGCAAUUAAACUUGUUGGGGGGAAGAUUACCCGGGAACCUGGACCUUUACCUGGUCUUAACACCAAAAUUACUGCUUGCCUUGAUCCUGAUGGUUGGAAGUCGGUUUUUGUAGAUAAUGUUGAUUUUCUCAAGGAGUUGGAGUGAUGUAUAACAAUGUUAAGCACAGUAAGCUUGCAAUACUGAAAUGGAAGCCUUUGAUCAGAAUAAGUUCUUUUGACGCGCUUCCCAGUUGAAUCAGCAGCAGCACCCACCCAUUUUGUAGAUAAUUAUAUUACAAUAAUAAUGACUAUAGCACCAUUGUAAGUUGUAACAGAAAUCUUGCAAUAGCUUUCCAGCUGUCCUUUCAUGUAGUUUGAGAUAAAUGACACAAUCUGUUUAAAUUGUUUUCAAAUGAAUAAAUAUGAUUAAUUUUGCACA